GUCAGGGCACAGAGAGAAGGGGCACCGUUGCACUACUGAGCUGGGCGUUGAUUUUUUGGUUUGGUUUGGAUUUGUUUUUUGUUUCUUUUUCCCCCUUGUGUUGACAUUGCAGCCAGGAUUUGCCCAUAGAAGUUUUGUUUUCUCAUGAGCAGCUGGACUUUAAACUUCAACACCUCUCCUGUAGCCAUUUCCCACAAGAGCUGCAGGAAUGCGGGCAGGCACCAUUAGGCUCAGAGGGAAACAAUGGCAAGUUGCUCUUGGAUAAUAUUCUUCCUUCUCUCUGCCCUUUUCCUUCAGACAGAGCAGGCAGUAUUCAUAUCAGCUGAUGAUGCAAACAGUGUUAUCAAGAGACAGAGACGUGCCAGUUCCCUGCUUCUGGAGGAAGUCCUUCAAGGUAGCUUGGAAAGAGAAUGCCUGGAAGAGAGAUGUACACAUGAAGAAGCAAGAGAAGUAUUUGAAAAUGAUGAAAUGCUUGAUAUGUUUUGGGAUAUCUACUAUGGUGGCAGGAGGUGCUCCUCAAGCCCGUGCCAGCACAAUGGUGUGUGUGAGGACAGCAUCCGCGGCUACACCUGCACCUGUGCUGAGGGCUACGAGGGAGAGAACUGUGCUUUCGCUAAGAAUGAAUGUCACCACCAAGCAAAGGUGGGAUGUGACCACUUCUGCUACCCAGGAAGUGAUUCCUACCGCUGUUCCUGUGCUGAUGGCUAUGAGCUCGGGAAGGACCAUAAACAGUGCAUUGCAUUAGAUGCAUGUGCAUGUGGCAGACUUCAAGACAGUGAUAACCUCAUAAGUGAAACCAGGAAGAAAAGUGAUGAGCGAUUUCCUUGGCAGGUUUUGCUGCUAAAUUCAGAAGGGAAAGGCUUCUGUGGAGGAGUGUUGCUAAAAAGUAACUUCGUGUUGACCACAGCAGAGUGUGCCCUUCUGCACAGCCAUUUUCACAUCAGGAUUGGUGCUGGGCCUAAUGGAACAAAUGGAACCAGGAAGAUAAUGCAGGUUAGUGAGAAGCACAUACACAUCCGGUAUGACGAAGACACUGGUGAGAACAACAUUGCAUUACUACAACUUCAAGAGCACGCCAAGUGUGACAACCACCACCUUCCUGUGUGCACCCCUGAGAGAGACUUUGCAGAACAUGUUUUAAUUCCAAAACUGGCUGGCACGGUCAGUGGCUGGAGAAUGGAAGGUGAUGAACUUCAAGUCGAAGAGCUGCAGGUUUCCUACCUUCCUGCUGAGGACUGCAAACAAACACUCAACAUCAGCCUCACAAACAGGCAGUUCUGCGGGCACCUCCAGGAGGCCGUAGACAAACGCCUGGCUGGAGGAAGCUUCUUGGUUACUGAGUACAAGGGCACAUGGUUUCUGACUGGUAUCCUGGGAUCCUGGCCACUAGAAGAUACUGACUGGGAAACAUUGCUUUUCACCAACACUGCAAGGUAUAUGGUAUGGGUUAAACAAAAAAUAAAGUAAGACACAAACACAAACAACUCUCAAGCACCAAGCCCCUAUCAAUCAUUGCAAGGAGACAUAUGGAUGCAGCCAGUACCCCUAUUUGACUACUACUAUUUGCAGCAAUGGAAGUUGCAACAAUGACACGUAUCUAACUCCAGUUUAUACAAAAAGCCUGUUUGUCUUCCCUUCUGCUACUGUGAAAGUCAUGAUACAGUAAACCUAGUUAUUGAACUAAAAACUGAUUUAACUUUAAAUUUCCUAGAACUGUUCAUCCUAAACCUCAAAACAUGAUAAGUAUUUUUCUGUGAUUUUAAAUGCUGCUAGUACCCUGAGGUUUGAUUCAGCAAAUUCAUAUUCUUGUUUCAGGAUCCAUAGAAGUAAAACUUACAAAGACAUAAGGAAUGUCAAGCUUUUAAAUGUCUAUGUAGGACUUGGCAUUUUUAUCACUCUAAAAAAUGCUUCCCUUCAUACAUGGAAUCUAUGUUUUCCCUUAUGAAUGAUGCCCAUGUCAGUUAAAGAGUAAAAUAAAACCCAACUGUCAAAGAGAAGGGGAAAAAAAAUAGUAUUUAUUUUAAAAGUAGUUUUAAAACCCCAAAACUACAAUCCUAUCAAUCUGGAUGAAGUUAUAUUGUACCACCCCCAAACAAACAAACCAGCCCCCAGGGUAGUAACAUUUAAAAUACUGGAUCCAGUGGUAGUGUUUUCACCAGAAGCAAAGU